AUGGUUCACCAACUGGAGUCUAACGAAUAUCAAGCUCUUCUAUUGAAAACUCUUGACAUUUCUGCAGGAGCAGAAAUCUUAAGCAGGGAUACUAAAGAUAUUUUUAUGUUAAUUAAUGCUUUAGAUGUUCCUAAUGGUUUCUGUUACCUAGUUAAUAUACUUGUUGGUACUAGUUCAGUAUUAGCUUGA